AUGAUUAUUUUCCAUCCCUGCCGGCAAGAAUUACGCGAUUGUGGUGCGCCAUGCCAUGCCAUGUUUUUCCCUGAAAAAGAGCGCACUGUGCUGCGUUAUUGGGUCGGCUCUUGGGCGGCUGUCUGUGUGGCAAGCUGCCUCUUUACGGUGCUGACCUUUCUCAUUGACUCGUCGCGUUUUCGCUAUCCGGAGCGUGCCAUUGUUUUCCUAGCCGUUUGUUAUCUCGUUGUGGGUUGCGCGUAUGUUGCCGGUUUGGGAGCGGGCGAUUCGGUGGCUUGUCGGGAACCCUUUCCGCCGCCAGUGCGUCUAGGGCGGCUGCAAAUGAUGUCGACAAUAACGCAGGGCCAUCGGCAAACCACCGCAUGUACAGUUUUAUUUAUGGCGCUCUACUUUUGCUGCAUGGCCGCCUUUGCCUGGUGGUCAUGUUUGGCGUUCGCUUGGUUUUUGGCCGCUGGCCUUAAAUGGGGUCAUGAGGCAAUCGAAAAUAAAUCGCAUUUAUUUCAUUUGGUCGCUUGGGCGAUACCGGCGUUGCAGACAAUUUCGGUGCUGGCAUUGGCCAAAGUUGAAGGCGACAUCCUCUCCGGCGUCUGCUUCGUUGGCCAACUGGACACACACUCUCUGGGCGUCUUCCUCAUACUGCCACUCUGCAUUUAUCUUUCCAUCGGCGCGCUCUUUCUACUCGCCGGCUUUAUAUCACUAUUUCGCAUACGCACUGUAAUGAAAACAGAUGGCAAGCGUACAGACAAACUGGAACGACUCAUGAUGCGCAUCGGCUUCUUUUCUGGCCUCUUUAUAUUGCCAGCGCUCGGCUUUCUUGGCUGUCUCUUCUAUGAAUAUUACUAUUUUGACGAGUGGAUGAUUCAAUGGCAUCGCGAUAUAUGUAAACCCUUCUCCAUACCAUGUCCGCAAAUGCGUCCAGAUGGUCUGGAGUCACGUCCCAUUUUUCAGAUUUAUAUGGUGAAGUAUUUGUGUUCAAUGCUGGUAGGCGUAACGUCGAGUGUCUGGUUGUAUUCGGGCAAAACGAUGGUGAGUUGGCGUAAUUUUGUGGAGCGCCUGCAGGGGAAGGAUCCAAGAACGCGUGCUCAGGCCUAUGUUUAGUUAAGUUAAGUUGAGAUUUGGAGAUGCAUAGUUGUUUAAGGAUAUGUGUAGUUAUAAGUGUGAUUGCAAGUGUAUUUGUUUAUAAGUGUAAGCUCGUGUGUAAAAUAUGUAUGCGAAUGAAAAAUGCGCUACGUGAGGUUUUUUUUUUUUUUUGUUUGAGACGCGUGCGCUGCUUAAGCUUGACUCAAGCUACAAAUGUUGUUGUAUAAAAGCUAAGAGAUACUGGUACAAGUUUGUAGACAAAUUUUGAGGUUAUCAUUUUCGUUAAAAGCUCAAAGACUUAUUAAGCUUAAUAGUUUUGAGUGGAAACUAAAUUUUGAGUUGAAUUGCUUAGGCGUACUAAUUCAAUUGAUUUUUUUUCUAAUGAGAUUAUUUUGUUUAAACAGCAAGAGCGGAAAGUCAGCAUGUAAUAUUUGUGUAUGAGUGUGUAUAUUUGUGUAUUUUAUUUGAGUAAAAUUUUGAGUGUUUUAUUAGCUCAACUCCGCGUUUAAGUGAUCUUUGUAAAAGUUUUGCGUGCAAAUAUUAAACAGUGUGUUAAAAAGCUCAGCGAUUUCCAAAUUUUAUAAAACAAAUUAAUCAAAAUAAACUUUUAAGUACAUUAUUUAUGUAUGAGUAAAUGUAAAGCUUAUUAAGCUUAAGUUGUAUGUAUUAGUUUAUAUGUAAACAGGCAUACGUGUAAGUUGAAACGCGUAACAGAAUAAGAACACACGCAAAAAAUAGUUUGUAGUUGUUAAAGCUUUACAUGUGCCCUAAAAUGUAGUUUUAAAAAUGUAAGCAAAACAUUAUUAGAUGAAGGGAAGUCAGUUAAAUGGGCAGGUAUGCAGAUUAAGUGAAAUUUCAAAAAAAUUAUUUUAAAAAUUCAGUGCAAUUUCGAAAAAAAUAUGGUGAUCAAAUGAAAGAAAAAAUUAUUUAGAAUUAAAAAGUAAAGUUUUUCUCUAUACUAAAACUAUCUUUUUCUAUAGAUAAAAUCAGUCAAAUUCUUCAAUUUUCAGCGAAAUUUUCAAGUUUUACAACCCUCUAAUUUCCCACGACAUCCAAAUCCAAAGGAAUUUCUAUUUAUGUAACUAGAAGGUAAUGUACUAUCUACUAAGCUAGGAGCGUACGUGCACUGAUAGAAAUAUAUGCGAGCUUAGUUACUCACACGAUUACUUAAAUUUUUUUACAACUCACAAUUUUUUUAGGUUACAUUUUUUUAAUUGAUUUGAAAAAAAAUGGUAAAAACAAUAUUAAAAAUCAUUACUGAAACCUCAAGGACUAUAAAAAUACCUACGCUUUGCUCGAUUGUGUGAGAAACUGUAUAUUCAGACAAAAUUUUAGAUAUAAUGAAAAGAUGUUAUCGGCAAGAGUGGUUCUAUUAAAAUCAAACCCAAUCACAGAGUAUUCGAUGGCCCAUUUAACGCCAUCAACUGUCUUCCCUUUAUUCGUUUAAAAAAAUUAAAUAAUAUUUCAAAAAAUAUUAAGUAUAAAAACUAUCUUCUACUACAACAAGCAACCAUAAGAAAACGCCCUCCAUGUGCUAAAUACUUAGAAAAUUAACGUAAGUGUAAACGAUUUGUUGAAGAUUAAGAAAAAAUAAAACCAAAAUAAUUUUAAACACAAAUUGUAUUUGUAAGCCCUUUCUAGCCAGUAAGCUUGCAUGUUAUAGUUUAAGCGCUAAAACAAAAAUUAUUAAAAACAGUGGAAAAAAGAUAAUUAAAAAAAAAAAA